UAAUUAAAAGCUAAAUAAUCAAAACUACAUGGCGGCUCGCACUUCAUAAGUCCAAACUCCAAAGGCGGUUUCGCAGCCUCCUGCUGGCAGAUAAGAAACUUUAUACGGAUAGAGCCAUACCAAGCUUCAUUCUCGUCCAUGGCGUCUCAAAAUCCUAAUAGCUCUCUGAAAAUACACGAGCUCUGUAGAAUAGCUCCGCCACCAUCUUCACCAAAAUCCUCUUUCUCUCUCACCUUCUUCGACUUGCUUUGGCUCAGAUUUCAUCCUGUCGAGCGUCUCUUCUUCUUCUCGGUUCCUCACUUAAACCCUUCUUCCUUCUUCGAUUCCAUCGUUCCAAAGCUCAAACGCUCCCUCUCUCUCACUCUGCAACACUUUCUUCCUCUCGCCGGUAGCAUCGUUUGGCCCUCCGACUCGCCCAAACCCAUCGUUCAAUACACUCCUGGAGAUGCCGUCUCUCUCACCAUAGUUGUUUCUGAUUCUGAUUUCAACCAUGUCUUAAACAAAUCCCCUCGUGACGCCUCGCAAUCUCGUGCUUUUGUUCCCAUGUUGGAUUCUUCUGAUACAUUUGCUUCGGCUAUUUCUCUGCAAAUCACUCUGUUUCCCAACGAUGGAUUUUGCAUAGGAAUCAGCGUACACCAUGCUUGUUCAGAUGGGAAAUCAUCGUCUAUGUUCAUGAAGGCCUGGGCUUAUCUCUGUCGAACAGAAGCAGAGAACGAAUCUUCUGGUUUGCUCCCUCAAGAACUACAACCAUCCUUAGACAGGGAAGUUAUAGUCGAUCCAUGUGGCAUUGAAGGUGCAUACAUCAAAGGGUGGUCAGGUUUAGAUCCAACUCAGAAGAAGCCAAGCUUGAAGAUUUUGUCCGACAUGUUCUCUCCGAAAGUGGAAGACUCAGCUCGAGCCACGUUCGAGCUCAAGCGUGGAGAUUUAGACAAGAUAAAGGAAAGGGUAUUGCAGAAAUGGGAAAAUCACAAGGAGAAAGAUGAAGGAGAAGAUUCAUCAUUUUCAAAGCCUCAAACUUUAUCAACCUUUGUGCUUACAGCUGCUUACGUAUGGAUCUGCUUCGCAAAAGCUAAGGAAAGGACCGAACAAAAGAAAACUAAAGUGUUCCUGGGUUUCGUAGUGGAUUGCAGAACCAGGUUAGAUCCUCCAAUCUCUGAAAACUACUUCGGCAAUUGUGUGAUGUCUCAUAUGAUAGAAACACAACCAGAAGACUUGACAGAAGAUGGGGUUGUCAUCGCUGCUAAGAAGAUACACAGAAAGAUAAGGAAAAUACAGAAAGAGAAAGGAGCGCUUGAUGGAGCAGAGACGUUGUUUUCUAAGUUUUCUGAUUUGCUAACUGAAGAGAACCAACUUGCCGUUAUAGGAGUAGCCGGGUCGACCCGAUUCGGGGUUUAUCAGGCGGACUUUGGGUGGGGAAGGCCUGAGAAAGUGGAGAUAACUUCUGUGGAUCGAGGUACGACAAUGGCGAUGGCAGAGAGUAAAGACGGAAAUGGAGGGGUUGAAGUGGGACUGGUACUGAAGAAUCAAGUGAUGCAUCAAUUUGCUUCACUGUUUCGAACUGAGAUAGAGUCUUUACAAUAAUUCAAACUACAGAGAAGCAGGUUAUUUUGAUACUGCCUGUGUUUUAAUAUUUUUCACAAGCUCCUAAAUGUUAGGACAUAAGCUGUUUUUCAUGUCCAUGUCACGAUGUGUUUCGAUUUGAUUCGACUUCAUGGAAAGAUUUAUUCCCUCCGGUUAUGAAUUAACUGCUGGCUCAAAAGAAUUAAAAGCUGUUAUAUUAAUUGCCAAGUUCUCCAA